AUGGGUUCCCUAGCAUUCCCCGAGCUUCCUAUCAUAGAUUUUUCCAAGGAAAAUUUGAAGCCUGGAACAAAUUCAUGGCUCUCCACAUGCAAAGAUGUCAUGCAUGCACUUGAGGAAUAUGGCUGCUUUGUGGCAGUAUAUGACAAAGUUCCUCUCAAGCUGCAUAAUGAUCUCUUUAGUACAUUAGAGGAUUUGUUCGAUCUUCCCCUAGAAAUCAAGAGGAAAAAUGUUUCUGACUUACCUUACUGUGGCUAUGUUGGCAAUCAACCUUUUGUCCCAUCUCUCUAUGAAGGCAUGGGCAUUACUAAUGCCACAACCCUUGAAGGAACUGAAGAUUUUUCACAUACUAUGUGGCCUGGUGGAAAUGAUCAUUUUUGUAAAACUGCGUUGUUAUACUCCAAGUUAGUAUCAGAACUAGAGCAAAUGGUAGUGAGAAUGGUGUUUGAGAGCUAUGGAGUAGAUCAGCAUCAUGAUUCUCACAAAGAAUCGACUACUUAUUUUUUUCGGAUGAUGAAAUAUAGAGGACCUGAGAAAAAUGAAUCUGAUGUUGGCUGUAACAUCCAUACAGACAAAGGCUUUAUAACUGUGCUUCACCAAAAUCAAGUUAGUGGGUUGGAGGUGAAAUCAAAGGAUGGUCAAUGGAUGGCCUAUAAGCCCUCACCUUCAUCCUUCGUAGUAAUGGCAGGAGAAGCUUUCUUGGGAUGGAGUAAUGAGAGAAUACCGGCUGCAUUCCAUCGGGUGGUCAUGAGCGGAAGCGAACCAAGAUACUCUGUUGGGUUAUUUUCUUUCGUUAAAGGUAUAAUCAAAGUUCCUGAAGAGCUAAUUGAUGAAGAGAAUCCACUGCGCUUCAAGCCUUUCGAAAGUUUUGGAUUAUUGCGUUACUUCUUCACGGAAGAGGGUAGGGGAAAAGAGUCUACCAUAAAAGCCUACUGUGGUGUUUAA